UGGUAGUGUAGUGUGAAAGGUUUUCUGGCUGUAUCUGGCUGUAGUCGAUGGGCGAAGUUUGUUUCAAGGGGGCAGUCAGUAGAUCGAUAGAUUUCUGGUCGAAGGGCUGCCUACAAUUGAGGGACGCCGUUUUCGUGAUAAUCUUCGCUCGCUCCAUUCGGCGCGGAACAGCAUCUCCCCGGUGUUCUCUGCCUCUCCGACACGCCGUCUCAGGGUUUCCAACCGGUGUGUGAGUUGGUUCUCGCGUCGUUUCUCCACCGCCAUAGCCGUCGUUCCUUCGCUUCUCUUCCUGUCUCUGCCCUUGUGGGAAUCGUCAGUUCGGAUAUAAUUGGCUUCUCAGCAGGGUAAGGGAUUUGCUCUUGGAGGAGCGCGAAGGGUUUUGGAGAGCGCGCGGGGUCGUGGGGAAGACGAUUGUCGAGCUUCGACUACAGGAUUUCCAUCAUUAUCUGUUGAUUGGUAGAAGAGGGAAUUCGGCAAAAUGUCUCUCAGACCGAAUGCGAGGACGGAGUCUCGACGGAAAAAUUUCAAGAAAGCCAUCGACGCCGAUGACGCCCGUAGAAAGAGGGAGGAUAAUAUGGUGGAAAUCCGGAAGUCGAAGAGAGAGGAGAGCUUGCUCAAAAAGAGGCGGGAAGGCAUGCAAGCGCAGAUCGAGGUUCCUAGGGUUCCAAUCUCGACCGUGGAGAACAAGCAACUUGAGUUGAUUCCUCAGAUGGCCCAAGGAGUUUGGGCAGAAAACCCUCAACAGCAAUUGGAGGCGACGACUUCGUUCAGGAAACUGUUGUCUAUCGAGAGGAGUCCGCCUAUUGAGGAGGUCAUCAGAGCUGGAGUCGUUCCGCGGUUUGUGCAAUUCCUGCAGAAGUACGACUUUCCUCAACUGCAGUUCGAGGCGGCCUGGGCAUUGACAAAUAUUGCCUCUGGAACAUCAGAUCACACUCGGGUCGUCAUUGAGCACGAUGCAGUGCCGAUCUUCGUCCAUCUUCUCAGUUCUCCAAGCGACGACGUGAGAGAGCAGGCCGUUUGGGCGCUGGGUAAUAUUGCUGGAGAUUCGCCGAAGUGCAGAGAUCUUGUCCUUAGCCACGGUGCUUUGCAGCCGUUGCUUGCUCAACUGAAUGACAAUGCGAAACCAUCCAUGCUCAGGAACGCUACCUGGACUCUGUCGAAUUUCUGCCGUGGCAAGCCUCAGCCAUCUUUCGAGCAGUCAAAGCCAGCACUGCCUGCACUGGAGAGAUUGAUUCAUUCCACAGACGAGGAGGUUCUCACUGAUGCCUGCUGGGCAUUAUCAUAUUUGUCGGAUGGGACGAACGACAAGAUUCAAGCCGUCAUCGAUGCUGGAGUGUGCAGACGUCUGGUUGAACUUCUCAUGUAUCCUUCCGCAACAGUGUUGAUUCCCGCCCUGAGAACUGUCGGAAACAUUGUCACUGGGGAUGACGUGCAAACACAGAUUAUCAUCAAUAACCAGGCACUCCCUUGUCUGCUGGAGCUGCUGAAGAACAAUCACAAGAAGAGCAUCAAGAAGGAAGCUUGCUGGACGAUCUCCAAUAUUACCGCUGGCAACAAAGAUCAAAUCCAGGCCGUUGUUGAUGCCAACAUCAUUCCUCCUCUGAUCAACUUGUUGGCGACUGCGGAAUUCGAUAUCAAGAAGGAAGCUGCCUGGGCCAUUUCUAAUGCAACCUCUGGUGGGACCCAUGAACAAAUCAAAUACCUCGUGAGCCAGGGUUGUAUCAAGCCUCUGUGUGACCUGCUGACGUGUUCGGAUGCACGUAUAGUUACGGUGGCGCUGGAAGGUUUGGAGAAUAUUUUGAAGGUUGGGGAGGCGGAGAAGGAAUUGGGAGAGACAGGUGGCAUCAACUUGUAUGCGCAGUACAUUGAUGAGGCUGAUGGCUUGGAGAAGAUCGAGAAUCUGCAGUCCAUCAAUAACAACGAGAUUUACGAGAAGGCAGUGAAGAUCUUGGAGACGUACUUCGGACUGGAAGACGAGGACGACCAGAAUCUUGCUCCGCAGAUGACUGCAAGCAAUCAGACUUAUGCGUUCGGCGGCGAAGCACCCAUGGUGCCGACGGAUGGCUUCCAGUUUGGCUAAGCAGAUCAGGUGAAGUGGAGCCCGUGUGGUGAGGUGCGGGUCGAGGUACCUCUGUGCUGCUGCCCCCCCGACAUUUUUCAAGAGAAGUGCUUGAUGGUGAAUGCGGGAAAGGGGUUGCAGGAUUGAACGGUCCGAAUGUGAGAAACGCUCAGAAUGAAGAUGUCCCUUGUGACCUUUCUGCCCCCUUUUUCGCCGAUGGCCUUCUUGCCGACAUGGUACUGCAGUGGGUAGUGUACACGUAUAGAGACAUGCACAGAACAUGGUCAUCCUGCUGUUCGAUCGAAGGGAGUUUGUUGUCGUCUGCCAUGGCUGUAGUGCUGGUAUGCGUUGGGCAGAGAUGUCGCUACAGUCAUCGUUGCAAUGAACGUGGUCCUCCCUCGGAACAUGCAGGGUAUUUUUCCCGGUUUCUGUUUUGAUUUGUUUGUUCUCUGUUUUGGUUUUGUUUUUGUUUUUUGUUCGGGAUGACGAUUGCCCACCCCCG